AUGUACACUGAUCAUCAGGGCACUAAUGAUCAGUGUAGCCCCAUCAGUGCCACCUGUCAGUGUCCAUCAAUGCCAGCUGUCAGUGCUCAUCAAUGCCUCCUAGCAGUGCCCAUCAAUGCCACAUAUCAGUGCCCAUCAGUGCUGCCAGUCAGUGCCACCUAUCAGUGCUGCCAGUCAGUGCCACCUAUCAGUGCCGCCAGUCAGUGCCCACCAUCAGUGCCACCUAUCAGUGCCCAUCAGUGAUGCCUGUCAAUGCCCAUCAGUGCCACCUACCAGUGCUUCCUCAUCAAUGCCCAUUAGUGCAGCCUAUCAGUGCCCAUCACUGCAGCCUCAUUAGCGCACAUCAGUGAAGGAUAAAAAUCACUUAUUUACAAAAUGUUAUAA